GUUGCACACAUUGUGCCACUCGAUUCUGGGGCGCCUGAUAGCGAAACAACACGGUCUCCUCACCAGAUGUCCUUCACUAGCCCUCGGUGUGCUCCAACUUCCACGUCUGUAUUCCCUUCAGAUUUCGAGUACGGCAAUGAUUCUCAGACAAGCUACCUCUCUACUCCAAGCUCUAACAUCCCCCAACAAAAGCCCGGCUUCGAAUUGAAACAUUCAGAGAGUCCGUGA